UCUCUAUUCUGUUAAUCUUCAUAGAGAUCCUCGAAUGGUCUUAAAUUAAAUGUCACAAUGAUUCCUCAGCUUAACUAUCUGAUGGGUGAACAGAAUGCCUGGGAUAUGCUCAAUGAUGAGAAGUCAUUGAUACACUUAACGACAUCCUCUGCUGAUCUGAAUAACAUCUUGGGGGGUGGAAUACAUUGCAAAGAAGUUACUGAAAUUGGUGGAGUCCCAGACAUUGGUAAAACACAACUGGGAUGGGGGUUGUUGCUUGUUAUCAAGGUUUUCUUGCAUUUUACAUUAGAUUUAUUUUGCAGUAAAUCCGUCCCUAUUGACUGGAUUCAAAUACCUGUUAAUGUUCAAAUUCGACAUGAUUUUGAUGGCCUGAGUGGGAAGGCAAUAUAUAUCAGUAACUUUCAUAAAACCACUGCGAGUUUUUGUACUGGUUUGCCAUUAGAUUUAUGUUGCUGACAUUGUGAUUACACGAUGCUUAGACACGGAAGGCAGUUUUAUGGUGGAGUGUGCUUUUCAAAAUGCUGAAGCAUGCGUAGAGGACAUGUCAGAAUAUAACAGCUUCUUAAUGAAGGAUUUCCAAGCAUGCGAAAUCAGAAUGCAACCCAAGGACAUCCUGGAAAACAUAUUUUAUUUCCACAUCUGCAGUUACACAGCAAUUUGCCCUGAUAAAUUACUUGGACAAGUUUAUUUCCGAACAUAAAGCUUUACGUAUAGUAUUAAUAUGCUGGGUCCUUUCCUUUUUUGUUAAGGCAAUUUCUGUCUUGGGCUUGUUUGGCUAACACGGCUGCUAAUUACCUGCUUUGAUCUGUAAAUAAAUAUAUCAUUAUUGACACAGGUGAAGGUGGUUGUUGUGGAUAGUGUUACCUUCCAUUUCUGCCAAGAUUUUGAUGACAUGGCCCUUAGAACUCGAGUUCUUAGUGGAAUGGCUUUAAAGUUGAUGAAGCUGGCCAAAAAGUUCAGUUGGGCGGUUGUAUUAUUGAAUCAGGUGACCACUAAGCAUACAGAAGGUUCCUUUCAGUUAGCUCUUGCACUAGUGCUGAACUGAUGUAGUAUAACCAUGCUAAGUAGGCGAUAGCUGGUCUUAUACUUCCACAAAUCGGAUUGUUUUAUGCUGGAAUGUAAUGAACGGUAUGCAUAUAUGGACAAGUCACCUUCUCUUGGAUCAGCUUCUUCAGCAUAUUCUGUUACAGCUAGGGGGAUUAGGAAUUCCCCAGGCUGUAAUUACACCUUUGAUUUUGAUGAUGCCAUCUUUUAUUAAGCAUUGUAAUAUUGGUCCAAUUAAAAGAUUUUUGCAUCAAUGUAAUUUUCCAGAGGAGGCUAAAUCCUAAAGCUAUUAAAUUAAUUAAUUAAUUAAAAAAGUUUUUUUUUUUAGAAAAUUUAAUUUUCUUUUAUUAU